AGAAAAGGGGACAAGGUAGCCAGCCACACGUGCAUUGCACUCCACAAAAUUCCUCGUUCCUCAUACGAAUCGAAGGCGAGGACGAAGAGCCCGUUUGGCCAUGGCGUCGUCGGUUUCUGCUCAAGGCCUGCGCUUUCCGCCGACCCUCUUGGCCUCUCCUCCUCCGAAUCCCGGGUCUCGGCUUCCCUCCGCCCGUGCCGCUUCGCUCGUCCGCUCUCCUCCAGCCGCCGCUUCUGUCCGUUCCCGAGGGCCCGCUCGCCGGAGCGGCGCGGUCCGGUCGCGGGCCGUCGCUGGAGCUUCCGCCUCCGGAAUCGGCCCCGACGUCGGCGACGUCCUCGGCGACGUUCGCAUCUUCACCGCCGCCGGUGAGCCGGUGUUGUUCAAGGAUCUCUGGGACCAGAACGAGGGAGUGGCUGUUGUAGCAAUGUUGAGACACUUUGGAUGUAUCUGCUGUUGGGAGUUUGCUUCAGCUUUAAAAGAAUCAAAGCCCAAAUUUGACUCUGCUGGUGUGAAAUUGAUUGCUGUUGGUGUUGGAACUCCUGAUAAAGCUCGCAUUCUUGCUGAACGGUUACCAUUUCCGAUGGAUUGCCUGUAUGCUGAUCCUGAUCGCAAGUCAUAUGAUGUUUUGGGCUUGUACUAUGGUCUUGGCCGCACAUUCUUCAAUCCAGCGAGUGCAAAAGUCUUUUCCAGGUUUGAUUCUAUUCAGAAAGCUGCGAAGAAUUAUACCAUUGGAGCCACACCUGAUGACCGAAGUAGUGUUCUCCAACAGGGUGGAAUGCUUGUCUUCAAGGGCAAGCAACUGUUGUAUGCUAGGAAAGAUGAAGGAACUGGCGAUCAUGCCCCUCUAGAUGAUAUUUUUGAUGUCUGCUGCAAAGUCCCUGUAUCAUAGAGUUCUUGGUACACGCGCACAUGUUAUAUGUAUUUGUCUAAUCUAGAAAUAUGGCAGCACCAUUUGUCACAUACAUAUAUGUAUUUCAUGUAGAAAUAUGCCUUGACUUGUAUCAUUAUACAUCCGAUACUGCAAAGCUUGCAUCAUGUAGUCACACUCAAAUUUGUACAAUAAUACAUGCGCAUAUCAUGUAGAGAUAUGCCUCUUUGAGAAUGACCCAAAUUUAUUAGUUUGGAGUUAACUUUCUGCA